AUGAUUGACUCGGUGAAAGUAAGGAGACAGUGCAGUUUGGAUUUUUACUCGCAUUAUGAGCAUCUCUGUGGACUUCAUGGGUGUGUGCCUCUGUCAGCUGUGAAAUCUAGAAAGCUUCAUGGUGUUCUUGAUAUAAAUGCAGAUCUUAUCAAAGCUAGUGACUGGGCACCCCUUCUGAAUGCUAUCAGACACAACAAGACUUUGACUUCUAUUGCCGUAAGAAGCUUGCACCAUCAGGGGCAUGGAGAUUCAGGUGCUGAAAGACCGGGGACUUAUUUCAAAAGAAGAAUUCCAGCAAUUCGAUCCAAAGACUUGUCUGGCCAACUAUGUAAAGCAAUCAAAGGUUGUCUGAUGAUAUCAAAAGUCCUGAGAAAUUUGGAUCUUCAGGGGCUGCUUUUGAGGGAAAGAGACUUAAUAUUGCUGGCAAAAGGAUUGACGAACACAUCAUCUUUAGAGAGCCUGUCUCUAGCACACUCACCAGUUGGUGAUGGAGGCUUGGAAAUAAUCUGUCAGAGUGUGAAGAAUUCAUCUUGCAUCAGAUCUAUAGAUUUUUCAGGAUGCAGUUUGACCUGGCGGGGAGUGGAACACAUAGCUAGUGUCUUAAAGCACCAGGCAAUUAAAAGACACGGUGAAGCUUGGGCAGAGAGCUUGCGAUAUAGGAGACCUGAUUUAGACUGCAUGGCUGGCUUGAGACGCAUCACUCUCAACUACAACAUGCUUAUUGGUGACAGAGGAGCUACUAUCCUAGCAGGAUACCUUGCAGAAGACCUGUGGCUUAAAGCACUUGAUUUGCAUCAAUGUGGAAUUUCCAAUGACGGAGCAAAAUCCCUCUUGGAUGCCUUUAAGACUAAUACAACACUAGUGGUUCUGGACAUUAGAAAAAAUCCAUUAGUAGAUCAUGCUUUAAUGAAGACUGUAAUAGAGAAGGUUCUCAUGAAUGCAGAUGGAGCAAAUUUGGAGUACAAGUGGCUUCCAUCUCCAUCCUCAAAAGAUGCUAAAAGCAAACCAAAAAAAAGAACAGUUGUCCUAGGAAAUGGUCGGAAAGGAAAGGCUACUAUUCGUAUUGUAAUUUGGAGACAUAGAGGAUUUGCAUCAAAAAAGACUGUAAGUCCUGGUAAGGUAACUUCAUGCGAUCAAGAGAGCUAUUCUCCAAAGCCAUUGCCCCCAGGAGCACGUGGAUUUCUGCCUUGGAGGACUGCAGAACGUGCAAAACAGCACAGGACUUCAUCAGCGAAUAAUACUCAUGAGUUGCCACUGCAAAUCCAGGCUGGUAUUCCUUUGAAAGUUACUGUGGAAAGUGCUUCUACGUCUGAAAUUGAGGAACCAGAUGAUGCUGUAGAUGACAUCUGUGAUACUGAUGCUACAAAAUCUCCAGAAAUAAUUAAUUUAAAACAGCACAGCCAGUUACAGAUACACUAUGAAGAGUGUCAGCUCAGAUUAAAAGAAGAGCGAAAAGCAAGAGUAACGGCUGAAGAACGUGUAAUGGAGCUGGAAGUGGAAAAUGCCAGAUUAAGGAAUCUAAACAGUUCUUUAUCAGAUGUUCUGCAUGCACAAUCAGUAGCCAGCACAAUACUGGAAGAUGAAGGAGUUCUGGAUAGCAUUGAGAACUCUUUUCAAAAGUUUCAUGCCUUUUUAGAUCUUCUUAAAGAUGCCGGACUUGGACAACUUGCAGUGAUGGCUGGUAUUGACCAGUCAGAUUUUGGCUUGUUGCAGCGUCCCCAAAUGACUUCUACUCUAAAUAAGCCUGCUAUAACACAAAAGGAGAACUCCUUUGAAGAAGAAAGGCAGAAACACACACAGAAUGUCAAAAAUUCUGGUUCAGUUUCUUUUCCGGGUCUUCCCCAUUUUCAGACUGAUUUGAUUCCAUUUCAAGAUGCAAAUAAUUUCCCACUUGCUACAGGAGAUGUAAAACAACAUCAGGUUACUGGUCAGUCCCAGCAAAGUUUAUGGCAAGGCUCUGAAAAAAAUGCAUCAAAAAACAGCCAGUCAGCAUCUUUUGAGAAAAGCAGCAAACCUACGGAUUUGGAAGAAAGAGUGUCUUCCAUGAGACAACCAGUUAUUGGUCAUCAUUCAGUCUCUGAUGCCAGUGUAAAUCUUAGUGGGAAUAGUAACAAAUACAGUGUCAUUACUAGUGGCGAUAGCAAAAAACUUGCUUCUAAAAGACUUGGCAAUACUACAAGUUUUUCCGCUAGAGGAGAUCAAAGCAUACAUCAAAGUGACCCUUCCAGAAAUGAUACAAUAAUGUCUGAUUCUGAAAUACAAGAAAACAACCAUUCUAUGGGAAGUGUUUGAAAACUCCACUCCCUGUGGAUAAGAGUAUUGGAUUUCUGGGAAUCCAUUCAUU